GGAAGAAGGUUUGUUUUGAUCUCGUCGUUGGUUUACAGCGUGCGGCGGCGGCUCUGCUGACAUGUGCACAGUAGUUUUACCAUCAAGAGACAUAAUGUCAGCGGCGGAGAACGGCGCGGAGGAGGAGGAAGCGCAGAGAGCAACGAAAAGAAAGAUUUCUAUGUCUAAUUGUGUUGUGUGUCAAUCAGAGGAGGCAAAGUACAGGUGUCCAGCCUGUCUUACACAUUCGUGCAGCUUGCUUUGUGUGAAGAAACACAAAGAGGACUCGGGAUGCAGCGGGGUCAGAGACAAAACUGCAUAUGUGUCUCUCUCACAGUUUGAUGAAAUGGCACUUCUCAAUGACUACAGAUUUCUGGAGGAUACAGGGCGAUUUGCUGACGGAGCCACCAGGGACAAUCUCAUCCGGACUCCACACAGCACCUUUAAAAUGAAGAGGCUGGCAGCCAGUGCCAGAAAGAUGAACAUGACCCUGAAGUUUCUCCCCAUCACCUUCAGCAAGAGCAGGGAAAACUCCACCUUCUUCCUUUCAAAGGAAAAACGCUUCAUGUGGCACCUAAAGCUCAUCUUUCCCCAGAGCAGCACAGAGUUCACUCAGAAGAGGGUAUCUGAUGGACAAAUUUUGAAGCAGAUCUUGAUGACUUACAUCCACCCUACAGAGUCGGACCAUGUGACACGCCAAAAGUUGAAGAUGUAUGUGCAGCAACCCUUUGAUCAUGUGAAAGUCUUCAUGAAAGUGGAAGGCAGGAAAGCGAACUCUGUGAGGUAUCACGUAUUGGACGUCCAGAGGAGCCUAAGGGAUAACCUAAGCUACAAAACCCUGGUUGAAUAUCCUGUGCUACACGUUGUGCUCAAAGAACACUGGAAAAACUAUCCUCAGAGAGGGCCAGCUGAGUCUACGUCAUUAACAAAGGGUGAAGGAGUGGACCAAAAUAAAGUGGACGUGACCCAAGUUUCGCCAUUCCUGCAACAGUCUCCCACAACACAGGGAACCAACAUCUGGACGGGAACCCGAGGGACCAGGUCUGAAUCUAAACCCCCACAGGAGAAAAGGGCCAAGACCGAGUCAGGGGAGAAAGACGUCGAGGAGGGAGAGAUCCUAGACAGUAGUGAAGGAGAGGGAGAGGAAGAGGAAGAGGGCGAUAAUGAUGAGGAAAACAUCCAUAGGCCCGUUGAUACCAAAAGCCCUGCAGGUGACAUGAUUAAAAAUGAACCAGGAGACAUCAAGGACAUUAAUGUUGACCCUGACAGCAGCAUGAAUGAAGACAUUUCUGCUCCCACUGAGUGUAAUUCAGCUGCCACAGUGUGCGCUGAGGGCAACGUGACUAAGGAGGAUGCUGCUGUGAAAUCAUCAGGGCCUGUUCACACAGGUAAAGCUGCUGACGACUGCAGAUAAGAUUAAUAAUGGCCACAUGUUCAGGAUGAAGUGAGGGAGGAGGAGGCAGACUUACAAACUGACAUUAAAUCAUCCGUGGUUUUUGUCUCUUUUAAAGGAGACGCUUAGGUUUACCAGAUGUAUUAUUGUGUACACAGAAUAUCAUUUCAUUAUUAUUGUUUAAAAUGCAAGUUCAUCCUUUACAUCUGGAAAUAUACUUUUUAUUCUUAAUAAAGACUUUUUCUAUGGAAA